AUGUACAACCAGUCACCAAACGGCUAUUCAGGUGGAGGAGGAGGCGGUCCUGGCUACAUUGAAAAUCCUCAAUACAACGAACAAGGUGAACUAAUUGAAGAAGACGAAUUUGGACGUACAGAAGAAGAAUUUGAUGAAGAUAUGCAGCGUGAAUUAGCUGAUGAUGCACCAUGGAAAAGAAUUCAACAAAAUACAUUUACACGUUGGGCUAAUGAACAUUUAAAAUUAGUUAAUCGUCAUUGUGAUGAUUUACAAUCGGAAUUUAGUGAUGGGUUAAAUUUAAUCGCAUUAAUUGAAGUUUUAUCACAAAAACGUGUACCAAAAUAUAAUCGACGACCAAAUUUUCGUUCACAAAAACUUGAAAAUGUAUCUGUUAUACUUGAUUUUCUUGAAAAUACAGAACGUAUACGUCUUGUUAAUAUCGAUGCUACACAUAUUGUUGAUGGUAAAUUAAAAUUAAUUCUUGGUUUAAUAUGGACACUUAUUUUACAUUAUUCAAUAUCAUUACCAAUGUGGGAAUUCGAACAACCAGAUGCACCUGGUUUAGGACGUGAUGCAACACCUAAACAAAAACUUAUGAAUUGGAUACAAGAAAAAUUACCACCUGAAUUACCAAUUACAAAUUUUACAUCCGAUUGGAAUGAUGGUCGUGCUAUUGGUGCACUUGUUGAUGCAUGUGCACCAGGUCUUUAUCCGGAUUGGAAUAAACGUGAUCCAAGAAAUGCAUUAGAAAAUGCUAAAGAAGCUAUGGAUGCAGCUGAACGUUAUUUAGGUAUUCCACAAUUAAUUCAACCACAUGAAAUGGUUAAUCCAAAAGUUGAUGAACAAUCAAUGAUGACAUAUUUAUCACAAUAUCCAAGUGCUAAAUUAAAACCAGGUGCACCAAUUAAACCAAAAACAAAUUCAGCACGUGUACGAUGUUAUGGUAAAGGUAUUGAACCAAGUGGUAAUCAAGUUGAUGCACCAGCAAAAUUUCAUGUUGAAACAUUUGCUGCUGGUGAAGGUAAUGUUGAAGUUAUUGUUAUUAAUCCAAAAGGUCAACGAGAAAAAUGUGACAUUGAAUUUCGUAAUGAUAAAAAUCAAACAUAUGAUUGUACUUAUUAUCCAACAAUGGAAGGACAAUAUAAAGUUAUUGUUAAAUAUGGUGGACAAGAAGUGCCCAAAUCACCAUUUUCACCUUAUAUUGAAGGAAAAGCAGGUGAUGCUGGUCAAUGUCGUGCAUAUGGACCAGGUAUUGAACCAACAGGUGUUAUGGUUGACAAACCAACAUGGUUUGAAAUUGAUGCUACAAAUGCUGGUAAUGGUCUUGCUGAGGUUAUUGUUGUUAAUCCACGUGGUCGACAAGAUGCAGUGCCUGUAUCAGUUAAACAAACAGGUCCAGGAAAAUUUCGUUGUGAAUAUGUACCACGUGAACCUGGUCUUCAUUCAGUUAAUGUUUUCUUUGCUGGUCGACCGAUACCAAAUAGUCCAUAUGGUGUUAAUGUUGCAUCAUCAUCUGAUGCUAAGAAAUGUCGUGCUUUUGGACGAGGUAUUCAACCAAGAGGUGUUCGUACAGGUGAUGUAGCUGAUUUUCGUGUUAUUACUAAAGAUGCUGGUGAAGGUGCUAUGAAAGCAACAGUUACUGGACCAGAUGGCAAUGACCUUCCUUGUCGUGUAACAAAAGCUAAUAAUACAACUUACGAAUGUGGUUAUGUACCAAAUCAAGUUGGACCACAUACAGUUAAUAUAACAUAUGGUGGUCAACAUAUUCCACGAAGUCCAUUUCCCGUUGCAGUUGGACCAUAUAAAGAUUCACGUAUUCGUGCAUAUGGUCCAGGUCUUGAAGGUGGUGUUGUUGGUUAUCCAGCUGAUUUUGUUGUUGAAACAAAUGGAGAAACUGGUUCAUUAGGAGAUAUAAGUUUUUCAAUCGAAGGACCAUCACAAGCACGUAUUGAAUGUAAGGAUAAUGGUGAUGGUUCAGCUAAUGUACGUUAUUGGCCAACAGUACCUGGCGAAUAUGCAGUACACAUUCUUUGUAAUGAUGAAGAUAUACCAUUAUCACCAUAUAUGGCUUGGAUUGAAGCACCAGGAAAUUUUGAUCCAAAUAAAGUUAAAGCUUAUGGUCCAGGACUUGAACCAUCGGGACAAAUUAUUGGUAAACCAACUGAUUUUACAAUUGAUACAAAUAAUGCUGGUGAAGCACCAUUACGUGUUCAAGCUAUUGAUCAAGAAUAUCAACCAGUUGAUGUACAAGUUCGUAAUAAUGGUAAUGGAACAUAUGCAUGUCGUUAUACACCACGAAAUCCUUUACGUCAUUCGAUUUUAAUUGAUUAUGGUGGUGUUGCUAUACCAAAUAGUCCAUUUCGAGUUUGGCCAACAGAACCAUCGAAUCCAUCAAAAGUUCGUGUUUAUGGACCUGGUGUUGAACGUGGUGUUAAAAUGAAUAAUCCAACAUAUUUUAUUGUUGAUUGUAAAGAAGCUGGACCAGGCGAUAUAUCAAUUGCAUUAACUGAUCCAAAAAAUCAAGAUGUACCAUUUACUAUUGAUGAUAAUCAAGAUGGAACAUUUCGAAUUGCAUAUACAGCGAAAAUGCCAGGUGUACAUUGUAUAAGUGUUUUAUUUGGUGAUAGUGAAAUACCAACAUCACCAAUUAAAGUUAAUGUUGAACCAAGUGUUGAUAUUAGUAAAAUACGUGUUGAAGGUCUUGAUACAAUGCCUAUUGUUGGACAGCCUGCCCAGGUAACAUUAAAUACAUUAGCAGCUGGUCCAUUACCGCCAAAUGCGGUACAUGCAAAAAUUACUGGACCAACAGGCAAUACACAAGAAGCUGUUGUAGCACCUGCACCACAAGGAUAUCAUCUUCGUUUUAAUGUACCUGAACCAGGUCCAUAUGUUAUUGAACCUGAUGUAUGUACGUUACCAUUACGCCCUGUACAAGUAACAGCUAUUGAACCACUUGAUCCAAAUAAAGUACGUGCAUAUGGACCAGGUCUAUCACAGGGUACAGUUAAUAAACCAGCUGAUUUUAUUGUUGAUACACGUGGUGCUGGUAAUGGUCAAUUGGGUAUAACAGUUGAAGGACCAUCAGAAUCAAAAAUUGAUUAUCAAGAUAAUAAUGAUGGUAGUUGUCGUGUAACCUAUCAUCCAACAGUCGCUGGAAAUUACAAUAUUAAUAUAUUGUAUGAAGGAAAACAUAUACCAGGAUCACCAUUUCGUGCUGCUGUACGAGCUGAUCUUGACACACGAGGCAUUCGUUGUUAUGGACCUGGUCUUGAUCCCAAGGGAGUUUUUCUUGAAAGUCCAACGGAAUUUACUGUUGAUGCUAAAUCAGUUACUGGUAGUGGUGCAGGACGUGUUGAAAGUUUAUUAACAUCACCAAGUGGUCGAAUUGUACGAUGUCCUGUGAAAAAUAUGGCUGAUGGUACUUAUCAAGUUCAAUAUGCACCUUAUGAACCAGGCAUACAUCAAAUUGAAGUUACAUAUGAAAAUAUACCUGUACCGGGUAGUCCAUUUCGUGUUAAUGCUAUUCCAGGUUGUGAUCCAAUGCGUGUACGUGCAUAUGGACCUGGUCUUGAACAGGCAACAACAAAUGAACCAACAACAUUUACUAUUGAAACAAAAGGUGCUGGACAAGGUAGUCUUGGUUUAGCUAUUGAAGGACCAUCAGAAGCAAAAAUGGUUUGUAAAGAUAAUCAAGAUGGUACUUGUAUUAUGGAAUAUUUACCUACCAAAGCUGGUCUAUAUGAUAUUGCAAUUAAAUUUGCUGAACAACAUAUACCAGGUUCACCAUUUCGAGUUCCUGUACGUGAUCGACUUGAUGCUGGUCGUGUUAAUGUUAAAAUGAGUCCAGUUAUGCGUGCUAAUGUUUUACAAGAAAUUUUGAUCGAUGGUCAAGCAGCUGGACCUGGUACUCCAUUUGUUGAUAUUACGGAUGUACAUGAUCGUCAUAAACCAGCAAGUAUUCGACCAAGAGGUGACGGUGUUUACGUUGCAGAAUUUACACCACAAAUUGAAGGUCCACAUCGUAUCGAUAUUAAUUGGAGUGAUCAACCAGUACGUCACAGUCCAUUUAACGUUCAAGUACUUCCUCAUUUUGAACCACAUAAAGUUAUUGUUGACGGUCCUGGUAUUCAUAACGGUAUUCCAGCAUCACUUGAAACAUACUUUCGUAUUGAUACACGUGAAGCUGGUUUUGAACAUCCAGACGUUUUAAUUAAAAAUCCUGAAGGCCAAUUAGUUCAAUCAAAAAUUGUUGAUAACAAAGAUGGUACAUAUAAGGUUACAUAUAAACCAAAUGAUGUUGGUCGAUAUUUAAUUAAUGUUAAUUAUGGUGGUGUCCCAAUUAAUAAUUCACCAUAUAACGUGAAAGUGGAACCAAUCGGAGAUCCAACGAAAUGCCAUAUUUCUGGCACUGGUACUAAUCCUAAUCUUCAAGUCGGUGAAGAAUAUACAAUUACAGUUGAUACUCAUGAAGCUGGUCCAGGUGCUGUAACGUGUCGUAUACGUUCAACACUUGGCAAUGAUCUUGAUAUUGAUAUUGUCGAUAAUGAAGAUGGAACAUUUAAUUUAUUUUAUACCCCACAUAAUCCAGGAAAUUAUGUUAUUAAAAUUAAAUUUGGUGGACAAGAUAUCCCAGGUGGUGAUUUUGUUGUAACGGCUGGUGACGGUGAUAAAUAUUAUCGAGAUACACAAAUAACUGAAACUAUUACAUCACGACAUACACCAAGUCAAUAUCGACCUGUUGAUUUUCGUUUACCAGUUGGUGGUGGUCAAUUUGGUGACAUUAGUGCAUUAAUUCGAACACCAUCUGGUCGAAUUCAUACACCAAUUCUUGACGAUAAUCAAGAUGGAACUGUUUCAAUUAAAUAUCAACCAUCCGAAGUUGGUUUACAUGAACUUGACGUUUUCUAUCAAGGACAACCAAUAGCUGGUUCACCAUUUAAAUUUCAUGUUGAUCAAGUUCAAACAGGUUAUGUUACAGCAUAUGGACCUGGUCUUAGUCAUGGUGUUUGUAAUGAAGCAUGUAGUUUUCGUAUUGUUACAAAAGAUGCUGGUUCGGGUGGUCUUUCAGUUGCUGUUGAAGGUAGUUCAAAAGCUGAAAUUCAAUGUAAAGAUAAUAAAGAUGGUACAUGUGAUGUUACUUAUUGGCCGACUGCACCAGGUGAAUAUACAAUAACAGUUAAAUUUGCUGAUAAACAUAUUGUUGGUUCACCAUUUACGGCUAAAAUAACUGGUGGUGUACCACCAAUAGAUCAAUAUAAACGUUCACAGGUUUUGGUCGGUAAUCAAAAUGAAUUUAGUUUACGUGUAACGGAAAUGGAUAUACAUGAUUUACGUGCAACAAUACGUUCACCAAGUGGUUUUGAAGAACCAUGUAUAUUAAAAAAAUUAGCUAAUGGAAGUCUUGGUAUAUCAUUUAUACCACGUGAAAUAGGUGAUCAUUUAGUUAAUGUUUAUCGUGAUGGUCAACAUAUUAAAAAUAGUCCAUUUCGUAUUCAUGUUGGUUCAACUGAAAUUGGUGAUGCUAGUAAAGUUCGAGUUUAUGGACGUGGUUUACAAGAAGGUUAUGCACAUCAAACAAAUGAGUUUACUGUUGUUACACGUGAUGCUGGUUAUGGUGGCUUGUCGCUUUCAAUUGAAGGUCCAUCAAAAGCGGAUAUUGAAUGUCACGAUAAUGAAGAUGGUUCAUGUCUUGUUACGUAUAAACCAACUGAACCAGGCAUUUAUAUUAUCAAUGUCAAAUUUGCUGAUAAACAUGUACCAGGUAGUCCAUUUACGGUCAAUGUUGGUGGCCAAGGAUCUGGUCGACUUAAAGAAAGUAUUAUUCGAGAACGUCGUGCUGUUGAUAUAACACAUAUUGGUAGUCAAUGUGAAUUAUCACUAAAGAUUCCUGGUAUUGGUAAUAUUCCGCAAAGUACAAGUGGUGGUGAACAUCGUUCAUCUUAUCAAGCUUAUUCAAUGUCACAAGUUAAUAAUGAAAAACCAAUAGUUCAUCGUGAACAUGAAGAACAAUCUCAAACAUGGGGACAACCAUUAUCAUCAUCACCAACAUUUUAUCCAAGCAAUAUUGAUUCUGAUAGAAAUUAUUCAUAUGCUAAUCGUCUUAAUUCAAGUUCAUCAUCUGUAUUUGAUCGUAACAAUGCAUUAUUAAGUGAUAGUUUGGCAGCUAGACAAAAAUUGAAUGCAUCUUCUGCAUAUUCAAAAAUGAGCAGUACAAGUCGACAAGCACAAACUGGCGCACAACAUUUUCAUAAUGUACCCUAUUUUCAUGGGUUUAAAUUUCAAACACUUCCAGGCACUUCACCAUUUGAUAUGAGCGCUUAUGUUACAAGCCCAUCGGGACAUUUAGAAAGUUGCGAGAUUGUUGAUCUCGAUGAUUGCAAUUAUUCAAUUAAAUUUAUCCCGAAAGAAAUGGGUGUUCAUACAGUUAGUGUUAAACAUAAGGAUAUGCAUAUCCCAGGCAGUCCUUUUGAAUUUACUGUUGGUCCAAUACAAGGUGGCGGUGCUCAUAAAGUUCGUGCUAGUGGAAAUGGUCUUGCACGUGGAGAAGUUAAUAUAACUAAUGAAUUUAAUAUUUAUACACGUGAAGCAGGUGCCGGUGGUCUUGCUAUUGCAAUAGAAGGACCAGCUAAAGCUGAAAUAGACUUUUUUGAUCGUAAAGAUGGUUCAUGUGGUGUAUCAUAUAUAUGUCCUGAACCAGGUGAAUAUCAAGUAUCAAUUAAAUUUAAUGAUGAACAUAUACCUGAUUCACCAUUUAAUGUUUUAAUUGGUUCACCAUUUGGUGAUGUUAAAAGAUUAACAGUACAAAGUCUUCAAGGUAAAGGACAUGCAGUUAAUCAACCAUGUAUGUUUACUGUUAAUGUAAAUGGUGCACGUGGUCGUCUUGAUGCUCGUGUAACAGCACCAAGUGGUGCAGAAGAUACUUGUAUUGUACAAGAAAUGGGCGAUGAACAUUAUGCUAUUCGAUUUAUACCACGAGAAAAUGGUGUUCAUUGGGUACAUGUUCGUUUUAAUGGACGUGAUAUACCUGAUUCACCAUUUCGUGUUGUUGUUGGUCAUGCUAAUGCUGAUCCAGGAAGAGUAUUUGCAUCAGGUUCUGGUUUAUAUCAAGGAGAAACAGGUGCUUCAUGUGAAUUUUUAAUUGAUACAAUGAAUGCUGGUGCUGGUGCAUUAGCUGUUACUGUUGAUGGACCAUCAAAAGUUCAACUUGAUUGUAGAGAAGUUUCUGAAGGUUAUCGUGUAAGCUUUACACCAACAGCACCCGGCGAUUAUCUCAUUACGAUUAAAUUUGCCGGAAUUAAUAUUGCUGGCAGUCCAUUUAAGUGUUUGGUCGGAGGUAUGAAUUUAAAUGCUAGUCGUGGUGGGUUGGGUUCAAUGAGUACAUCAUCAUCAUAUGUUCAACGUUCACAGGGAAAUUUAGCAAGUCAUUCAAAAUAUGAUACAGUUGAACAAUCAUCAUCAUAUGCAAGUGGACGAAGUAACUAUGCAAGUAUAGAUGCAACUCGAGUACGAGCACAUGGAGAGGGUUUAUUACGUGCUUAUCGAAAUGAAAAAGCUAUAUUUACAGUAGAUACACGUGACGGUGGAAAUGGUAUGUUAAUGGUAGGUGUAUUCGGUCCGAAAUGUCCAUGUGAAGAAGUAUUUAUUAAACAUGUUGGAAAUAAUCAAUAUAAUGUCCAAUAUACUGUACGAGAAAGGGGUGAAUAUAUGUUGGUUGUUAAAUGGGGCGAUCAACAUAUUCCUGGUUCUCCUUGGCAUAUUGAAGUCGUUUAA